GAAAAUGUUAUAUAUAUACUUACGAUGAUGCUAGAGAUUAAUUAAAAUUUAUAAAUAACUGUACAAGUAUAAACAGAAGAUAUAAGCUCAUCUGGAUUCUCUCACCGGCAAACAACAUGAAGUCAUCAUCAUCAUCGUCAUGGACGUUUCUCACGACCACAAGCUUAGACCAGAGAAACCCAUCUCCGGUCGUUACAUCAAAGCAAAUGAAGAAGACGGCUUCAAGGAACAAACCCAUCAAAGUGCGUUACAUAUCAAACCCCAUGAGGGUCAAAACAUGUGCGUCCAAGUUUAGAGAACUCGUACAAGAACUCACCGGCCAAGACGCCGUCGAUCUUGAGCUUGAGCCCGAGUUUUCCCCUUCCGCGGUAUCCGACCACAGCCCUUCUCCGCCGCCGCCGGAGACUUUUGCGCCACAUAUUCCUCAUCAGGAGCCGUUCGAUGAUCUGGUAGCUGGCUACUAUGAGCCGUUGGAUGGGGAAGAGAUGUUCUUGUCGCAGAUGUCGAGAGGUUUUUCUGGAUAUUUCUCGAAUGAGUUUUACAAUGUGAAUGACUAUCUUGGAAGAAUCGAUUCUUUGUGAAAAUAUUCUGGAGUAUUUAGGGGUUUCAAGUACAUAUCUAUACAAUUAUGAAUUGCCAUACAUAUAUUUAAAUUGAUGCAUGUAUAUUAAUUACUUAUACCAAGGUUUGUGAAGAGAAUUAUAAGGGAAAUUAAGUCACUUGUAAAAGGUUUGAAUGAACCUCUUGAUUUAUUGUUUUUGUUAGA